CAGGUUCGUCCUGUCUUUGGGCGAAGCGAAUUUUACGUCUUGCCGCGGCCCAUGACCGGCGCGUUUUGCGGUGGCGCAGCACGGUCGCGGGGCGCGCCUGGAUGGACGCCGAGCAUGGCCUCGCGCGCCCGGCAAUUCCCAGCUCGUUUGAGGCCUUGUUAGAAGCAGAGCCACAGGUCCUGGAGAGCAAGAGAGUCUUCCAAGGGGAGGUGUUGAGCCGUCGGGUGAAGUCCAAGCACCUGACCUUUUGCACCUUGCAGGUGCAGAGCGAUGAGCAAGAUGAGCACGUUGCACUUUGCUUUGCAGCCGCCCUCGUAGAUGAAUCCCAGGUCCCGUCGCCGACGCGCCGCAACGAUCUGCCCGUUGGCCUUCAGAUCGAGGUCGAGGUCGUCCGGGCGCCUCGCUUCCGCCCGGAGUUCCUGGUGCGCCGCUGGCGACGUGCACCCGACGGGGGUUCCCCCGUUGUGGAGACCGGUGCGCACGGGGUGUCGAUGGCGCGAUGCUUGGCGCUGAAGGACCAGGUGAACCGACGUGCAAAGGCACUUUUGGGAGGCGAUGGUUUGGCGCUCUGCAAACGUUGGUCGGGCUGUGCGGCUGGGAGCUGCAGCGAGGCCUGCGAAUUUCGCCACUACUUCCAGAGCGCCGAGGAGGAAACCAAAGCUCGGCAUGCGCGCUGCGCGCGGGAGCGGUCCCAGCGCUUGCAAGCGCAAGAGCAGGAGGAGUAUGGUGAAGGUCCUCAUGAGAAGGUCGACAAGGCGCGCCGCGCCGCACGCUUUGCGGCCUGGCUGGUGAAGACUUAUGGCCGCGAGGUUCUCAGCAGCGGUCGAGGGGUCUUGGAUGUGGCGGGUGGCCAGGGCGAUUUGUCCUGGCAGCUUAGCCGCUUCUCUGUGAAUAUGUGGGCGAAUACAAGGGCGAAGCAAGAUUUUGCGCAGGGGGGAGAGCGACAGGAAGAUCUGGGGAGGGAUGGUCGGGAGUUGGGUUGGGGUGCAGUUCUUGCAUUGAAAGGGAAUGAGGGAAGUAGUCCAGUUUGUUGUUUAAGUUUUUGAUUGAUUUCGCAGUGGGCAGAAGGGGUUUAACAUCCAGAGCUGCUCUAAUGCUGCUUGCAAACACCCUUCAAGUACUUCCAUCGUUUGGGUGGUGAUGUUUCACCAUGCUCUAUCCACAAGCAUCCUAACAACAGAUGUCGUCAUUCAUACGAUUGUUGCGGAGGGAUCCUAGGGGCAAUGUAUGUAGUGAUUCAUUUUUCAUGUGGUCAGAACCCUAAGCAAACUAUCAUGUACUCAGAAACAACAACGAGAAAGGACUUUAUUUUUGUUUUUUUAAUCACUCUUCUAUCUUUGCUCAUGCCUACAAUGUUUCCUGUCGGACAGUUUCAUGUCGGGUCAGACAUGUAUACAUGGGGCGUGGGGCUAGUCCCAUCAAGCCACGUUAGCCAGGCUAGCCAAGGCUUGGACAUCUGGUGGCGGUCCCGCAUGCUCAUCGUGAUCCCUCGCUGUAUAGCAUAGUUAACUUAAAGGUACAGGUGUGCGUCUUGUGAUGAUUCCGAGAGUCCAGUGGAAAUACCCCCACCGCCCAGGCGUGGAGUAUGGCAUCCCUUGCACUCUCAUUGACCCCAUGGUGCGCAGAGGUGGUGAGUUGAAGAGCUGGCAGCGGCGUGCCUUGCGUAAGCGAGGCAGAGAGCAAGCCUUCGAGCAUUUACCCGUGACCUUUGAGGCAGGGUUGACUUCCCAGACUCGCGUACCGCGCGUUUUGCCGUUUGCGGCGGCCGGCGGAGCGAAGGAGUGACUGAAGCUGCAAGUGCUUGCACAGACACACACACACACACUUCACACACUCUUAAAAACCAGGGAGUAUGAAACCUGAAAGGUUAAGUGGAAAGGCGUCUGACC